AACUUCAGAAAGUUGAGCCAGCUCCCUUUGCACGGAACUCGGACUGUGCGUGGGGCCCCAGAUGUGCUGGACCUGGUCGCUGCGGAGGCACCUGCUCAGAUGUCGGGGGUGGGGGGCGGUUAGUUAAGAUGAUAGAUUUGAGUUGUUUACAGAUUUUCCUGCUACAAACAGUUCUGCAGUAGUCCUCAUGAUACUCAAGAGUACUGUUAUUUCCUCCGUCUGAACACAUACCCCUCCCCCAAUUUUAACAUUUCUGAAACCAGGAGGCAUCUUAACAGGUUAAAAGGACUUGCCGGCUGCUGGGCAUGUGCGUGGGUGGGGAUGUGUCUGGCGCUGUUUGGUCAUGUGAAAAUGCAGCUGUGUGAUUAUUCCAUCACUUAUGAUACUUGAACUUUAAAUUUAGAUCUCUACUUAUUUUUAAAAAGUAGCUUAAAAGAUAAUGCUGUGAUGCAGCAUUAUAACAAAACUUUAUAGUAAUAUUUAUUAAGGGUUUUCUGUAUGCCUGACAUUGUUUCAAUUAAUAUUACAGCCCUAUAAAGUAUAAUUUUAUCCCCAUUUUAUAGAUGAAGAAACUGAAGCUCAGAGAGUUGAAGUGCCUUAGAGCUUUCAAGUACAAGUGUCAGGAUUCCAACCCAAGUUGUCUGAUUUCAGAACUUGCCCUCUUAACUCCAAAGCCUGUGUCCAGGCAAAAGAUGCUUGCAGCUUACAAGGGGGGACGUCAAGGCAGCGCCCAUGCUUGUUUGUAUAUCUUUGGCUGUUUGUGUUUGUGCGUAUGGAACUGGGAGACAACCACAUCCAAGAACAUUGAUUAUACUUAUUCCCACAUUGAUGCCAAAUCUUUGUUUUUGGAUCUUUAGCAGUUUAAAAUAUAUUUCUGCAAGUUCUGGAGUUCUGGCUGUGUGGUGAAUGCUUCUGGAUCCCUCUUCUGCCUUUUGCUCCUCUAGAAGAAUAUAGAGGCAUGCACUCAAACCUACUCAACUGGCUGCCUCCCAAAGGGGCAGUACUUAAUUUAAGAGAGAAGUCAGUUUUUCAGAGUUAAAGUCAUAUCAGCCUCUAGGAGCCCCCAGCUUCUGGUACGACAGGGACACACCAAAGUCCUGAGGGCAGGAGAUUGUGCUCAGAGGAGACGACACACCUGUGAAGGCUCUCAGUAGAGGUUCUGGCAGUUUACCUCACCAGAAGUGGACAAGCCCAGUUGGGUGGGCAUCGUCAUGCUGCAGCAGCUCCUGAUCACCCUGCCCACGGAGGCCAGCACCUGGGUGAAGUUGCGCCAUCCAAAGAAGGCCAAGGAGGGGGCGCCCUUGUGGGAGGACGUGACUAAGAUGUUUGAAGGAGAAGCGCUGCUCUCUCAGGAUGUUGAUGAGACCCAGGAAGAAAGUUUGAAGGAUGAAGUCACGUCUGGGUCCCCAGCAGCAGAAUCCCAGGGACUGUUGACCUUCAAGGACAUAUCUGUGGACUUCACCCAGGAGGAGUGGGGGCAACUGGCCCCUGCUCACCGAAAUCUAUACCGGGAGGUGAUGCUGGAGAACUAUGGGAACCUGGUCUCAGUGGCAGGAUACCAACUUUCCAAACCUAGUGUGAUAUCCCAGUUGGAGAAAGGACAAGAACCAUGGAUGACAGAGAAAGAAGGCCCAGGAGAUCCCAGUUCAGACUUGAAGAAUAAAACAGAAACCAAUGCAUCAACUGCAAAGAAUGACAUCUUACAGGAACAGUUAUAUCAUGGCAUUAUGAUGGAAGGGUUCCUGAGAGAUGAUGUCAUUUAUUCCACACUGAGAAAAGUCUCUAAGUAUGAUGGUGACUUAGAAAGGCACCAGGAAAUCCAUGGGAGAGAUGUAAGACAAGCCAUCCUGACCCACAAGAAGAGUGGCCAAGAAACUAACAAAUUUGGGGAAAAUAUUGUCAGUUCAAAUGUUAUUAUAGAGCAGAGGCACCAUAAAUGUGAAACACCUAGAAAGAGGAACAAAUACAAAUUAGACUUGAUUAAUCAUCCGAGUUACAUAAGAACAAAAACCUAUGAAUGUAAUAUAUGUGAAAAAAACUUCAAACAACCCAUUCAUCUUACUGAACACAUGAGAAUUCAUACUGGUGAAAAGCCUUUCAGGUGUAAGGAAUGUGGAAGGGCCUUUAGUCAAAGCGCAUCACUGACUACACACCAGAGGAUCCAUACCGGUGAGAAACCCUUUGAAUGUGAAGAAUGUGGCAAAGCCUUCAGACAUCGCUCAUCUCUUAAUCAGCAUCACAGAACUCACACUGGAGAGAAACCCUACGUAUGCGAUAAAUGUCAGAAAGCUUUCAGCCAGAACAUUAGCUUGAUCCAGCAUCUGAGAACUCAUUCUGGGGAGAAACCCUUUACGUGCAAUGAAUGUGGGAAAACCUUCCGACAAAUUAGACACCUUAGUGAACAUAUAAGAAUUCACACUGGGGAGAAGCCCUAUGCAUGCACUGCGUGUUGUAAAACCUUUAGUCAUAGAGCAUACCUAACGCAUCACCAGAGGAUCCAUACUGGGGAGAGACCCUACAAAUGUAAGGAAUGUGGGAAAGCCUUUAGGCAGAGGAUACACCUUAGCAACCAUAAAACUGUUCAUACAGGAGUGAAAGCAUAUGAAUGCAACCGCUGUGGAAAAGCCUACCGGCAUGAUUCAUCCUUUAAGAAACAUCAGAGACACCACACUGGAGAAAAACCUUAUGAAUGUAAUGAAUGCGGAAAAGCCUUCAGCUAUAAUUCGUCACUUAGUCGACACCAUGAGAUACACAGGAGGAAUGCCUUUCGAAAUAACAUGUGAAAAUAGAUUAUUCAACAUGAGAACAAAAGCCAGCUCUAGAUCAGUGAUUCUGUUUUUAAAUUCCAGGAUUUUAAAUUUGAGGAAUUGAUAUCAUGAUGCCAGCUUUUAAUCUUGCCCAAUAUGUAAAUAAACAGUGCAUUGAUAACUACUAUCUACUAACACCUCUGUACAAAGUACUCAAUCAAGAAUAAAGGAUGGUAAAAA